CAGAAAUGAGAUGGGAUGUAAUAAUUGUUUUCAUAUAUAAAGAUUUACUGCAAAAUAUAAUUAGUUUGCAGUUCAUCUCUGCUGAAAUCUAAAAAGAAACUGUUCAGGGAUAGAAAUAUGCAGGAUAUAUAUUUAACCAAUAUUUAAACAAUAUCCUGAAGGUUGACGGACAGAAUGUUUGUGAUGGGACAUAUCUCUUGGGAAGAGGACAGAGCUUUAAAAUGGAGCAAUCUUCUCUGACAGGAAUGAUGACAGCUCUUGCCUGAGGGCAGAGGGUGGACCGGUGGGCUUCCACAGGGCCCUUCCAGGUCUGUAAUUCUCUGGGUCACUUCUGCUGCUAGCCCUCAGAACCUGGGAGUGAAGGCGACACAGCCAAUACCUGCCUCUUCAAGAGCUUCAGCAGUGCCCAAGGAGGCAGCGCCAGCAGCAGCACCACGGAAUCUGUUCCAACAGAAGACUUCGCUCAGAGGCGAGCCGGUCGGCGUGGACCCAGACCACCAACACAGGCUUUGAUAGAGGCGCCGGCGGGAGCGGCGUGGCUGUUGGCUCCGGCGGCGGCGGCGGCGGCGGUGGCGGCUUCCGGAGUCCCGCCGCGAAGAUGCUGAAAGUCACGGUGCCCUCGUGCUCCGGCUCGACCGCCAGUGUGGACCGGGCGGCCGGGAACCUUGUCCCGGAUUACUGGAUCGACGGCUCCAAAAGGGAUGCUCUGAGCGAUUUCUUCGAGGUGGAGUCGGAGCUGGGACGGGGUGCUACAUCCAUUGUGUACAGAUGCAAACAGAAGGGGACUCAGAAGCCUUAUGCUCUCAAAGUGUUAAAGAAAACAGUGGACAAAAAAAUCGUAAGAACUGAGAUAGGAGUUCUUCUUCGCCUCUCACAUCCAAACAUUAUAAAACUCAAAGAGAUAUUUGAAACCCCUACAGAAAUCAGUCUGGUCCUGGAACUUGUCACAGGAGGAGAGCUAUUUGACAGGAUUGUGGAAAAGGGAUAUUACAGUGAACGAGAUGCUGCAGAUGCUGUUAAACAAAUCCUGGAGGCCGUUGCUUACCUCCAUGAAAAUGGGAUUGUCCAUCGUGAUCUCAAGCCAGAGAAUCUCCUCUAUGCAACUCCAGCCCCAGAUGCACCACUCAAAAUUGCUGAUUUUGGACUCUCCAAAAUUGUGGACCAUCAAGUGCUCAUGAAGACGGUGUGUGGAACCCCAGGGUAUUGCGCACCUGAAAUUCUUAGAGGCUGCGCCUACGGACCUGAGGUGGACAUGUGGUCUGUGGGGAUAAUCACCUACAUCCUACUUUGUGGAUUUGAACCAUUCUAUGAUGAAAGAGGUGACCAGUUCAUGUUCAGGAGAAUUCUGAAUUGUGAAUAUUACUUUAUCUCCCCCUGGUGGGAUGAAGUAUCUCUAAAUGCCAAGGACUUGGUCAGGAAAUUAAUUGUUUUGGAUCCUAAGAAACGGCUGACUACCUUCCAAGCUCUCCAGCACCCAUGGGUCACAGGCAAAGCAGCCAAUUUUGUACACAUGGAUACUGCUCAAAAGAAGCUCCAAGAAUUCAAUGCCCGACGCAAGCUUAAGGCAGCAGUGAAGGCCGUGGUGGCCUCCUCCCGGCUGGGCAGCGCCAGCAGUAGCCACGGCAGCAUCCAGGAGAACCAGAAGGCCAGCCGGGAGCCAUCUCCAACCCGCGACGGCAGUGAAGCUGUUGCUGAAGCUGUUCCGAAAGAGAAGGUUAAAAAAGAUGGGGCCCAAGUGGCAGCUGAGAUGGCAGAGGCUGAGCUGAGGAAGAGCUGGGCUGAAGGAGAAAGUCAAAAUGCUGAUACAAAUGAUGCCGAGGCCAACUUGAUGGUGCCCGGGGCCCUAGAGGAUGGGCUGGAGGUGGCUGGCCCAGAAGUAGAGGAGGGCCCAGCAGAGGAGCAGCUGAACAUUGUGAAGGAAGAAGCAAGCCCUGAAGCAGAGCAAGAGGAGCCUGAAGAGCCUGCCCUGGGAUUUGGAGCUGAGCAGAACGAUGUGGUCCUGCCGGAGCACUAAGCCGGCUUCCUUCCGAUCUGGAAGCCAGCUCCCGGUACUUUAUACAUUGCGUCCUUCGGCAAGGAAGGUGUGGAAGCACGGCAGGCGCCAUAGUGAUUCUGUUUUUGAGGUGCAAAAAAAUACAUAUAUAUCAGUUGGUAAUCCUAACUUCAAUGCAUGUGACUGCUUUAUGAAAAAUAAUGUCUUCUAUGGUAUGCAGUGGAUGCUUAAUACCGAUGAGAGUUAAAUUUGAAACUAUAAGUAAAGACAUUUAAAAACCUGCAUUUUCAGGGACCAGGAGCACACAUUUGAAGUAAAUAUUAACCAAUGGUUUUUGCUUUGAAAAACCUAACCAUUGGUACCCUUUGGAUUUCUUCACAAGGCAAUCCUCCCUUUGGACUGUUCCUCAGCCAGUAGUAGGUAGUGCUCUAAGAUGUAUUUCUAUGACAUUCACAUUUUACUUAUCAUCAGUGUGUUUCAAGUGUUUACAAGGAGAUGGUUAUGCUUUAUAGUUGUAUGGCAUGUGCAAAAAAAUCCACAACGGUAAGAAACUGAAGCAUACUUUAAGGGCCAUGAAACCAUAUGCUCCAAAGCUUGUGUAGAGAAUGCUUCUUUUAUUUUAUCCUUAGCUGUAUAUUCUAUAUUACUAAUAACCAAAAAUAUUCUAUCUUACAGUUGUUCCAUUUUACAAUCCUAGAGAAAGUAUUUUACCAAUUCAUCCUUCAUUGCUAUCUAAUGAGAUGUCCUUCUGAUGGACAACACUUAGGGAGGAGUAAAAAAUUUUAGGGAAGCCCUAGCCAGUUUGGCUCGGUAGAUGGAGCAUCAGCCUACGGACUGAAGGGUCCCAGGUUCAAUUGGUCCCAGGUUUGAUUCCGGUCAAAGGCGCAUGCCUGGGUUGCAGGCUGGGUCCUGGAUAGGGGGUGUGCAGGAGGCAGCCAAUCAAUGAUUCUCUCUCAUCAUUGAUGUUUCUAUCUCUCUCUCCCUUCUCUCUGAAAUCAAUAAAAAUUAUUUUAAAAAAAUAAUUUUAGCUAAGAUAAAAAGAUAAGGACAGGAUAAGACUAGGACUUAGAAUAACAUAUAUUGACUCAUCAUUUUCCAGGUAAAAUUGGAUUUAUUAAUGAGCGUGUACACCUUUAAAGAUAGGAGCAUUGUUAUGGAUUAAACUUUACAAUUACCAAGUUUCAAAUAUUUAGGAAAAUCUAUCCCACAGGCUAAUGCCAAAAUGUCUGAAUAGACUGGGAAUAGUAUUUCAUUAAAAGAUCAUUCAUUAUUGAUUUACUAGCAUAAGGAAACAUUUUUGUUUAUAAAGUCUUUUUUCCCUUUCAAUUGAUGGUUAUUUAGAUAUACUGCUUAUAAACUAGAGAUAUUUUUGAAAAGCUAGUAUAUCUUUUUCUCAUACUUGGAAUGAAGUGCCCACAUUUUGCAAUGUAGCUUUGAAAGUGUUCAUAAGUGUUCAUGUCAAUUUAGGACAGUGCAUCUUUUUAUUUACCUUAAACAACAAAAACAAAAGAAAGGAUGAAAAAACAGAUUUUAAGUCAGACUUGAGAAGCUGUAACAUUAGAUUUUAUACUUUACUAUGAUUUUUUUCCAAAAGAUAUUUCUUUGAUUUUCAUAUAAACGCUUUUCCCUAAUACAGAUCACAUUUAAAUUACAAGUACCUCAGAUUUAUUUCAUUUGAAAUAAGAUGAACAUUUUUAUGAAAUUAUGUAUCACAUUUUAGUACAUUUUCAUAAUUUCAAAAAAGAAUUACAAUGUACAAAAUUAUAAUAAAAAAUGACUAUCACAUAAAAAUACUAUUCCAAAAAAGAGAUCUUAAAAAAUUAUUUGGGUACUUUCUCAAAGCUAUUAUAUUGGACAAUGAAAUAAAAUCUCUGGUUUCUGGAGUGAUUGGACCUUGGCAGACAUUCUGCUUUCCAAGCACAUAUCUUCCUUUACUGCCAUUCUCCUGAGAAGAAAACAAGGUAGGACUUCUCAUCUUCCGUAGUUGAGGGGCCUGACAGGUCGCUGACUUGGAGGAAAUAGCCCUUAAGUGAGGCACAUCACCUGGGCUCAGAAAAAGACGAUUUUUGUUUUAUUUUAUUUUUAUUAACUAGUAGAGAGUACUUAUCCUCUUCUGCUCUGUUUCUUUCCAUCUUUAUUCUCUAUCAAAAUUUCCAUUACAGCUAUUAUAAAGGGCUCACUAUUUUUAACCUCUAAGAAUGCCUUUUUUUACUAAGCAUUAAGAUUUCCAUUAAAAAUGAUAAAUUGC